AUGCACUCGGAGCCUUCUACAUCUCGCUCUCAGGGAGCAUCUCCCCCACCAAUUGAAACUCCUGAGUUUUCCAACGAUGUAGCCGUGGUAGGCAUGGCAUGUCGGGUGGCAGGAGGAAACAACAACCCCGAGAUGUUGUGGAAAUCGCUCCUCAGUCAGAAAAGUGCAGUCGGUGAGAUUCCAGAGAUGCGCUGGGAGCCUUACGCCCGUCGGGAUCCGCGAAAUGCAAAAGCCCUCAAGAAUACGACAACACGUGGGUACUUCCUAGAUCGUUUGGAGGACUUCGAUUGUCAGUUCUUUGGUAUCUCUCCCAAGGAGGCUGAGCAGAUGGAUCCUCAACAACGCGUCUCGCUUGAGGUGGCCGUGGAAGCACUCGAAGAUGCUGGCAUUCCCACCAAGAGCCUGUCGGGAAGCAACACGGCUGUCUUCUGGGGAGUCAACUCGGACGACUAUUCCAAACUAGUGCUAGAAGAUCUACCAAAUGUCGAGGCAUGGAUGGGUAUCGGCACCGCAUACUGUGGUGUGCCCAAUCGGAUUUCCUAUCAUCUCAACCUGAUGGGACCUAGCACUGCAGUGGACGCGGCUUGUGCUUCAUCACUCGUGGCUAUUCAUCAUGGUGUUCAGGCUAUCCGGCUUGGAGAGUCUCAGGUCGCUAUUGCCGGAGGUGUGAAUGCCCUCGUUGGACCGGGAUUGACCCGGGUUCUCGACAAAGCCGGGGCAAUUUCAUCUGAUGGAUCUUGUCGAUCUUUCGAUGAUAACGCCAAUGGGUACGCCAGGGGUGAAGGUGCUGGCGCCGUCAUCCUCAAGAGCCUACACCGUGCUCUCCUCGACCAUGAUCACAUUUACAGCGUUAUCAAAGGCAGUUCAGUAGCCCAAGACGGAAAGACAAACGGCAUCAUGGCUCCCAAUGCUAAAGCACAACAAUUGGCAGCGUGCAAUGCUCUCGCAGCUGCAAAUAUUGAUCCUCAAACCGUGCGCUACGUGGAAGCCCACGCCACAUCUACACCCUUGGGUGACCCAACAGAAAUAUCCGCUAUUGCAGCUGUCUACGGUACAGAUAGACCCGCUAACGACCCGUGCUAUAUUGGGUCCAUCAAGCCAAAUAUUGGUCAUCUGGAAGCUGGUGCAGGCGUUAUGGGUUUCAUCAAGGCUACCAUGGCCAUCAAAAAGGGUGUUUUACCGCCACAGGCCAACCUGAAGAAGCUCAAUAGUCGAAUCGACUGGGACACAGCUGGUGUCAAGGUCGUCCAGGAAGCUACCCAGUGGCCAUCAUCAGACCCAAUUCGUCGAGCAGGUGUCUGUUCGUACGGCUACGGAGGCACGGUUUCACACGCAGUCAUUGAAGAGUUUGGUCCAAUCUUGCAGCCCGAGCUCCUGGCCGAUGUGACAGUUACCGGACCUGGAAUCCUGUUGCUAUCUGGCCCCCAGGAGAAGCGGUUAGCAUUGCAAGCCCAAACCCUGCACGAUUGGAUGACUGCUCAGGGAAACGAGAGUGAGCUGAUGGAAGUUCUCACCACCCUGGCGACACGACGGGAUCAUCAUGACUACCGAGCGGCACUCGUGGUCGACGACCAGCUUGAUGCUCUCCGAGUUCUAAAGACAUUAGCUAAUGGAGUCGACAAUCAGUUCAAGACCCAGACUCGUGUCCUAGGUACAGAUGUCAGCAAAGAGGUUGUCUGGGUAUUCUCUGGGCAUGGUGCGCAAUGGCCGGACAUGGGCAAGCAACUCAUUCAUAACCCUGUCUUCUACGGAGCAAUUCAGCCACUCGAUGAAUUAAUUCAUAAUGAAAUCGGCCUGUCGCCCUUGGAGCUUCUCCGAACUGGCGAUUUCGAGUCAUCUGACCGAGUUCAGAUAUUGACCUAUCUCAUGCAAAUUGGUCUCAGCGCCGUUCUUCAGAGCAAGGGCAUUACCCCACAGGCUGUGAUUGGCCAUUCAGUCGGUGAAAUCGCUGCCAGUGUUGUUUCCGGCGCUCUGUCCCCAGCAGAGGGAGCCCUGAUUGUGACCCGCAGAGCGCGCUUGUACCGUCAAGUCAUGGGUAAGGGUGGCAUGAUUCUUGUCAACCUUCCUGCCAAAGAAGUUGAAGACAUCUUGGCCGAUCGAAAUGACCUUGUGGUGGCCAUUGAUUCGUCGCCGUCUUCCUGCGUGGUCGCUGGAGAAAAGGCAGCGGUGGUUCAAGCCGCAGAGGAUUUCAAGACAAGAGGCGUCAAAACGUUUACCGUCAAGAGCGACAUUGCGUUCCAUAGCCCAGCCUUGGCAGGCCUCGUCAAUCCACUACGAGAAGAACUUGUGGAGAGUCUGUCUCCCACUAGUCCUGCAAUCAAGCUGUACUCUACCUCAUUGGUCGACCCUCGUGGACAGGAUCUUCGCGGCGCUGCGUACUGGACUGAUAAUAUGGUGAACCAAGUGCGUCUCACCUCCGCUACGAAAGCGGCGGCUGAGGAUGGUUAUCGCCUCUUCCUCGAGGUCUCAAGCCAUCCAGUUGUAUCUCAUUCUAUCAAUGAGUCCCUCAUGGAGGCAGGACUGGAAGACUUCGCGGUCAUUCCGACUCUUCUUCGCAACAAGCCCACUGAGAAACACGUUCUGCACAGUAUUGCGCAACUUCAUUGCCGCGGUGCAGAGGUCAAUUGGAUGGCGCAGAUGCCUGGGCCCUGGGCUAUCGGUUUACCGACCACGACCUGGAUGCAUAAGCCUAUCUGGCGCAAGAUAGAAACAGCGCCCCUUCAUACUGGACUCACACAUGAUGUCGAGAAGCACACCCUUUUGGGACAGCGCAUUGCAAUUUCAGGCACCGAUACCGUGGUCUACACUACUCGACUGGACAAUGAAAACAAGCCCUUCCCCGGCAGCCAUCCCCUGCAUGGUACAGAGAUUGUCCCAGCAGCGGGUUUGAUCAACACUUUCUUGAAGGGUACAGGCGGCCGCAUGCUCCGGAACGUGGUUCUGCGUGUGCCCGUCGCCAUCAACGCCCCACGUUCAGUUCAAAUUGUGGUGCAGCAGGAUCAGAUAAAGAUCCUAUCUCGACUAAUUCCGAAUGAGCCCUCACCCUUGGAUGAUGAUGCAUCCUGGGCUACUCAUACGACAGCGUAUUGGGAUCGGGCAGUACUGGCUCCCGAAGAUCGCAUCGACCUCGCAGCUGUCAAAGCAAGACUGCCAACGAAACUGGCAGAUAACUUCUCGAUUGACUAUCUGGACAAAGUGGGAGUCUCAGCAAUGGGAUUCCCUUGGGCAGUGACCGAGCACUACCGAAAUAACAAAGAGAUGUUAGCGCGCGUUGAUGUAAACCCUGCUGUCCUGGGAAAUGCAGCUUUACCCUGGGACUCUUCUUCUUGGGCCCCGAUACUCGACGCUGCCACCUCCGUCGGUUCGACAGUUUUCCAAACAGCUGCACUGCGCAUGCCGGCCCAGAUUGAACGCGUUGAGAUCUUCACCUCGCAAGAUCCGCCCAAGAUCGGCUGGCUCUAUGUCCAGGAGGCCCCUGAUGCGGUACCCACUUCUCAUGUCAGUGUACUGAACGAGAAUGGCGACGUGGUUGCUAAGUUUACUGCGAUGCGGUUCUCCGAAAUUGAAGGCACUGUUGGUGUCAGUGGUAGCAUGGAGAGUCUCGUGCAUCAGAUUGCCUGGCCACCAGCGACCCCAGCUGAAGAACCCUUGUCCAUUACGACGGUAAUUCUGGUCUCACCAGAUGAUACUGCUCGGGCUCAGUAUGCGUCAACAUUGCCGUCCCAGAUUGGGUCUUUCCAAUUCUCUGCUGUACAGGACUUCAUCAAAAAUGCUGCAUCUCUGCCUCUGGAGAAGGGUACCGUGUUAACCUAUAUUCCUGGUAAUGUCGCAUCACUUGAAGAUGUUCCAACCGCGUCUGAGUCAUUUACAUGGAAUCUGCUUGAGCUGAUCAAGUUUAUCGUCAAUGGCUCCCUGCCCAUCAAAGUCUUCACUCUCACAGAUAACGUGAGCAAUGCUCAGACAGCUACUGCACUUGCACAAGCGCCAUUGUUCGGGCUUGCCCGCAUCAUCGCCUGCGAGCAUCCCGACAUGGGAUCUCUCAUCGAUGUUGAAGAGCCCACCAUGCCACUGGCGGCCAUGCGGUAUAUCCAGGGAGCUGACAUUGUCCGAAUGAGCGACGGGAUCGCCCGAACGGCCCGCUUCCGCAGUCUACCACGGACCAAGCUGCGCCCUGUGAGCCAAGGAUCUCGCCUGCUCCCUCGCCCCGAGGGCACGUAUCUGAUUACCGGCGGACUAGGUGUGCUUGGACUUGAGGUCGCAGAUUUCCUGGUUGAGAAGGGGGCCAGACGUCUGCUUCUGAUUUCUCGGCGCGCUCUUCCCCCUCGCAAAACCUGGAACCAAAUCAACCCGGAUCUCCAGUCUACUAUUGACAAGAUCCGUCAACUGGAGAGUCAAGGCGCAUCGGUUCAUGUACUGCCACUUGACCUGACAAAACCAGAUGCAGCCAAGCAGCUGUCUGAGGCCCUGGAUCGCCUUGCCCUCCCCGCGGUUCAGGGUGUCGUUCAUGCUGCCGGUGUCCUGGAUAACCAACUGGUACUGCAGACUACACGCGACGCCUUCAACCGGGUUCUUGCGCCCAAGAUCGCAGGUGCGCUAGCUCUCCAUGAUGUCUUCCCACCCAAGAGCGUGGACUUUUUUGUCAUGUUUUCCUCAUGCGGAAACCUCGUUGGAUUCACCGGCCAAGCCUCCUAUGGCAGCGGUAACGCGUUCUUGGACACUCUUGCCACGCACCGAGCCAGUCUAGGGGACACGGCAGUCUCAUUCCAGUGGACCUCCUGGCGAGGCCUCGGAAUGGGCGCCAGCACGGACUUCAUCAACGCAGAACUUGAAUCCAAGGGAAUUACAGACGUGACACGUGAUGAGGCCUUUGCUGCCUGGCAGCAUCUCGCCAAGUACGACCUCGACCACGGUGUAGUCUUGCGAAGUCGGGCCUUUGAAGAUGGGGAGCCGAUCCCAGUGCCUAUACUCAAUGAUAUCGCCGUUCGACGCGUCAGCACUACGACUGGUACCGGACAGGCCACUGCAGGUUCCAAUAGCAAUGAUGCGAUGCCGAAAUCCGGGCCGGCACUCAAGACGUAUCUGGAUGAGAAGAUCAGGGAAUGUGUGGCUAAGGUCUUGCAGAUGGCGGCCAGUGACGUGGAUUCGAAGGCUGCCCUGGCUGAUCUGGGUGUCGACUCGGUCAUGACUGUUACUCUGCGCCGCCAGUUGCAGUUGACAUUGAAGACUGCCAUACCCCCCACUCUAACUUGGAGUCAUCCCACCGUCGGUCAUUUGGUAACGUGGUUUAUCGAGAAGAUUGGUAAUUGA